UCCACUUCAGGACAUCUUUUUCCAUCCUUCCCAUUGUAUUGUGAACCACACAUUAUCAUUUCAAUAUGUUUAUUUGCAAAAUUAGAAACCAAGAGUUUAUCUUUAGUUUGCAAUUAAGAGCCCUAAAUGCUGAAUCACUGGGUCUCCAAUUUAUUCCAAUGCUAAAAUUCAUUCAAGUGAUGCCAAGGCCAUAUCCUUUCUCCUUCCUCUAGAGAUGACAUCUCUUUGGAUACAUAAUCUCUAGUCAAAAUAUUCAACUCAAUUCUCUAGGUAUUUACUAAGCGUCGCCCACUACUAGGUGCUAGAGAAGAUACAGAAAAUAACUCUGAAAAUGCUGACCAUCUCACUGGGAGAAGACACACAUAGAAAACAACUACCUCACUGUGAAGUGCAAAAAUCAACUAAGUUACAGAUAAGAGAUCACAAGUGGGAAGAGCAUAUGAAGACAAAACAAGGGAAAAAACAAGCAGAGCUGUCUGUCUACUCCCCAUUUACCUCAUCAAAACUGGGAUGUAAAAUUACUGUUCAUCUUGAGAAAAACACUUCAGGGAUAUUAUCCCAAAGGGCUGAGAAGGACCUGAAUGUCCCAGGUGAGCCCAGCACCAUGAUUCUAUUAAUUGUGAAGCUUAGAGGAAGAGUCCAAUCUGAAAAAUACUUAAGAGCUGCUGAGUCUCCACCUGCAACUCUGCUAAGGAUCAGGAAAGCCACUGGGUCUGGAAACCGGUAACUUCCUGAGAUUUUUACCAUCAUUCCGAGUUUUAUCGGAAGAAUGAGGAUGGGAAAAAAAGCAAAACUGUUCACAUCUGUUGCCAUCGAUACUAGCAGUUGGUGCCUUAUGAUGUCUCUUUUGAUCAUUUUGGGAUUUGUCAGAGACUGCCUUUUGGAGACUGCCCCAUUAUGCAGUUCCCAUUAUACAAGAUCAGCAGAAAUAUGCAUCAAGGAAACCGAACCACCAGCACUGAAUUCAUUCUCCUGGGAUUCUUCCGCCAUGAUGACCAUCAAAACCUCCUCUUUGUGCUUUUCCUGGGUAUGUACCUGGUCACUGUGGUUGGGAACGGGCUCAUCAUCCUGGCCAUCAGCUUGGACACUUACCUUCACACCCCCAUGUAUCUCUUCCUUGCCAAUCUAUCCUUUGCUGAUAUUUCCUCCAUUUCCAACUCAGUACCCAAAAUGUUGAUGAAUAUUCAAACCAAGAGUCAAUCCAUCUCUUAUGAGAGCUGCAUCACACAGAUGUACUUUUCUAUUGUGUUUGUCGUCACUGACAAUUUGCUCUUGGGGACUAUGGCGUACGACCGCUUUGUGGCGAUCUGCCACCCUCUGAACUAUUCAACCCUCAUGCAGCCCAAGUUCUGCAUUUUGCUCACAGUCAUCCCGUGGCUCCUCAGUAAUAUUAUUGCUCUGACACACACCCUUUUGCUCAUUCAAUUGCCCUUCUGUGACCACAAUACUCUCUCCCACUUCUUCUGUGACUUGGCCCCUCUCCUCAAACUGUCCUGCUCAGACACAAUAAUCAAUGAGCUUGUGCUGUUUAUUGUGGGUUUAUCAGUUAUCAUCGUCCCCUUUGCACUCAUCUUCUUCUCCUAUGUCUGCAUCAUCAGAGCUGUCCUGAGAAUAUCUUCCACACAGGGAAAGUGGAACGCCUUCUCCACCUGUGGCUCUCACCUCACAGUUGUAUUACUGUUCUACGGAACCAUUGUAGGUGUGUACUUUUUCCCCUCCUCCACUCACCCUGAGGACACUGAUAAGAUUGGUGCUGUACUAUUUACUGUGGUGACACCCAUGAUGAACCCCUUCAUCUACAGCUUGAGGAAUAAGGAUAUGAAAGGUGCCCUGAGAAAGCUCAUCAAUAGCAAAAGUUCUUCCCUUUGAUGCCCUGGACAUCUAAAUUCUUUCAAUCCACAUAAUCAGAUAAAUGAUUCAGUCCAGCGUGUAUGGCACAGUUGUGAUAUUUCAACUUUUAAUGAGCUUGCUGGUAUCUGUCUCCUCUUCCAACCUCUGAGGGGUUGGAGCUUUUCCACUUAGCUCUUGUCUUAGAAACAAAACCUAUAACCACUAUGGCAAGUCAUAAGAAUAACACUCAUCCUUGAAGAGUAGAUUGGUGGUUACCAGGGCUCAGGUCCAGAGAGGUGAAGUGGGGUUGAAUAGAGACUGGUUAAUGGGUACAAAAAUACAAUUAGAUAAAAUAAAUGAGACCGAAUGUUUGAGAAAUCAUUAGGGGGGACUAUAGUAAACAAUAAUCUAUUGUAUAUUUUAAAAUAGCUAAAAGAGAAUAGUUUCAGUGUUCCCAGUAUAAAGAAAAAAUAAAUGUUUAAGGUGAUGGAUAUCCCAGUCCCUAAUUUGAUUGUUAUACAUUAUAUGACUGUAUCAAAAUAUCAGAUGUUCCCUCAAAUUAUGGGGAACAAUGUGCCAGUAAAAAUACAUGUAUCAUUUAAUAAGAAAUUUAUGUAUACAUAAAAAAUAAAAAUUAAUUUUAAAACAUACAUUAAUUAAAUCUAUAUUAUUACAAACUUUGGUACAAUUUUUUUAUAAUUUAGACAAUAACAGGUGCAUAUAGUGCCUACAGUCUAGCUCUUGUUGCUUUGAAGACAGUUAUUACUACUUCUUUCCUUAAUCUUUAUUUGUUUAGGUCAGCUUUUCUCAAAGCUUGUUUUGUUAAGGUACUAUUCAGUGAGAUAUUUUAUGGUUGUAACAAGAAAGAUUCCCAUGUUCAAAUAAUUUUUGGCAACUCUGAGUUAAAUGAAGCAAAAUGUAUUAAAUGGACAACUUCUCAGAACCUUCAGUGUUGUGUAAAUCUCUAAAAGGGUAAGAUGGUA